GCUUCAGAAGGUUAGAUACUGCUUGCAUGCAGUGCUUACCGUUCCGGUGUUGGCAACAGACAUCCUCAAGCAGGAAUAUGAUUACGAGCCGUCGGACCCGGGUGAGAGGGAAAAGCAUGAUGCCUCUACUUUGCAGGUUGAGCCCUUCGGAGAGGAUGAUGCUGAGUUGAGCGUUAGUGUGAUGAAGCCUUCGCCCCCAAAUGUGCAUGAGGUCCCGGGUGCUUGGGAGUUUCCUGAAGAGGGUUUCGUCGAAGAUGAGCCUCCUAAAGGGGCUGGUGAUGGCGACGCCAUGACAGGUGAUGAAGGUGGUGAUGGCGAUGAUGGUGUGACAACCGGUGAAGUUCCUUUGAAGGAGGUGCAUAUGCAUGAGGUGCCUUACUUAGUCAUGCUGCCAGAUAAAAAGGCCAAGACCGUCACCAAUGCCUUGAAAGAAGUUCUAGCGGACAUCGCUUAUUGGGGGCUCCCGGUACGCAGAGUCCAUACUGACAAAGGAGCAGAGUUCACGAAUGCACAGUUUCGCCAGCUCCUAGCGGAUCAUCAGGUUCGUCGUACAACAACGGUUGGCUCGGACUUUAAGGCUAAUGGGCGCACUGAAGCCCACAUAGGGCGUGUCAAGGGGCUCACUCGCGCAUUGCUUGCGGCGGCGUCUGCUGAUGAUGCGGAUUGGGCUUUUGCUAUGCGGCACGCUGUCUUCAGUAUGAGGUCGCAGGUCUUUACAGUCUUGGGUUUUCCCCAGCGCGAACCGAUUCCGUUCUACACCAAGGUUUGGGUAAGAAAGAAGGAAUGGACUUUGCACUUGUGGGCGCCAAAGUGUAUAGAGGCCCGCGUUAUGGCUCCCUCUGAGUCCGCUCCAGGUGGUUACGUAGUGCGCCUUCAACCGAGCCACCCUUCCGAUCUUUGGGAUGGUCUCCAGGGUUACUUUGAAACCACGGCGUUGAUUCAAGGGGUAAGGGCUCAGGAACCUGUCUUUGAGGCAUCCGGUGAGGUUUCGGUGAUCCCACCUAGCGAGGUGCGCAAAGGGGUGCCGGUGACUGAGGAAUCAAGGAAGACUCCCGCCUCUUCUGGGCCGCCUGGUCCAUCGUCUCGUUUGCGUCGUAAAACUCCUGACCCCUUGUGCAUUGACCUCCCGCACGCUGUGCGAGCCCUUGCUGAUUCUCUCGAGGCUCUCUCUGAGGACUUGUUGCGUCGGGGAUUGUAUGAUAAUGCAUCGUGGUCUCAGGUGCUGCGCCUCUUGCCCCAUAAGUCAAUCCGCAGGGGUUUUAUGUCAGCCCUGGGGCCUGGGACUCAGUAUCGUAGCUUUGGGAUGUUCACGCACGGGGGAGUGCUUGGUGUGACGACGGCUAGUCGUCAGCUUCCGCACACGCAAAGGUACCUUUUGGCAGUGCUACAGCACUAUCACCCUCAGGCUACAUUCACUUCUUUUGUAGCGUCGGUGAAUUGCAGCGCCCCCAUCCACCGUGACUACUUCAAUGCUCCGGAUAGCUUGAACUAUGUUGUUGGCGGAGCCGAGCAUUUGCGUGGCGGGCUUUGGAUCGAGGUUAGUUCAGAGUUUGCUAGCACUGCCGCUCCAGGGGUUUUGCAAUUUCGAGAGGUUGCUCCGCGUCGGUGGCUGCCGGGAAUGAUGUGGGAUACGGUUGGUGCCUCGUUCUCGUUCUCACCGCACUGCUUUCAUGCCGGUGACUCGUGGUCUGGCGACAAAUACCUCCUUGUUGCGUUCACUCUCAAACGAUGUGUGAAGGCUCCUCUCCCGGUUGUGGCGGAGCUGACUUGCGCCGGCUUUCCGUUGCCUUCUUGCUGCCCUGUUGAGGCGGAGUCUGAUUUCAGCGAAGAGGCUUAUGGUUUGGAUGCGGUCCUCGAGGCGCGCUCUGAAGGCAUAGAAAACUUCCUUGCCUAUUAUCAGGUGCUGUCGGGCCCGGGGGAGUCCAAGUGCCCCUUAGCAGUCAAAGAGCUUCGUCUUAGAGGACUGGGGGAGUCACCCUCUGCUUCUGAUGCCCAUGCUCCGGACCAUGAGCCACCACCGUUGCAAACGAAAACUGUGAGCCUCGAUCAGGUCAAACGCGAACUUCCUUUGUGGAAGCCAGCGAUAAGUGCCGAAUAUGACAGCCUCCGUGUAAAAGGAGUGCUAAGGCCGAUUUCGGAACAACAAAUUGCGGAAUGGCUUGCCCAGGGACGUGCGGUGCUGCGUCUGCCCUCAAAAGGAGUCUUCACUCGCAAGGCGGUGUCAGGCUUAAGGAAGGCUAGGUGCGUCGCAUGUGGAAAUCACGGGCCUUCAGCUGGUGGCUCCGCGUAUGAACAUCGUAUGCUCACAUAUGCCGGUGGAAUCGACGCGAGCGCACUAAGAUUGUCGUUGGCUUUCAUAUCCCAGCACCCCGACUGGUAUGUCUGGGUGACAGACGUCAAAACAGCUUUCUUAAACGCGAAGUUGUCCGAUGGUGUUGAUAGCAGUCUGGUCGAGUCAGGGACCGAGGAGCUGAUCGUCCUUGAUCCGCCCCGUAUCUUUCAGCUUGCCGGAGUUCAGGACCCAGAAGAGCCAGAACCUUCUUCCCCUGUUGCUUUGAGAAAGGCCCAGGCACUUGCGGGUGAGCUUCUUUGGGUGUCUGGAAAGACAAGAGUAGACAUUGUCUAUGGGGUUGCGAGGGUAACAUCAUUGGUGAGUCGAUGUCCGGAGCUUGCUUUCAAGCUCGGUCUGCAUAUCCUUUGCUAUCUUAAAGGCACCAAGCGGGUCGCUCUGAAGUACCAGUGCGCCGCAGAUCAGCCUCCCCAUGGCAUGCAUAAUGAGCGUCGCGUCACGGCUCUUCCUUACCUGCUUGAAUCUUUCACUGAUGCUAGUUUCGCUCCAGCUGGUGACAGAAGCUUUGAAGCUGGCCUGGUUCAGGUCGGUCGCAAUCUAGUCUUCUGGGGUGCAGGUAAGCAGCCCUUCACAGCUCUCUCUACUGCUGAGUGUGAAUCAGACUCCAGCUCGUCAUCUGGAACUCCUCCGCACUGGGUUCAAGGGGUUGGGAUAGUUCCUGCUGCUGAGUAUAGGGCUAGGUAUGACCCUACUUACCCCCACCGUGACCAGAUCAAUAGGCAUGGAAUCGAUGUAGUCCCUGGACCCGAACAGCUGUACCGCCAGUAUGAAGAGAUGCGUGAGGCAGGUCUCUAUCCUGACUUGCCAACUCUAACACCCUGGGCUGCAGGUACCAAUGAGGCUGCUAGCUCCUCUGAUGCUGUGGUGAGGUAUGUUGAUGACGUUGCGGUCUUAAGAUCAACAAGAGUUCCUCCGCUUGCGACUGACAGUGAGAUUGAAGAGGCUGAUGAAGAAAUAAAUCAUGCUAUCGCUUCAGCUGCAGCGUUUCUGAUUAGGAAUGGCAUUGAAGUGCCACUUGAACAGUUGUCAGAUGCUCAACAACAUAUCUUUUACACGAACGAGGGCUUUCGCCUCGAGCGCAUGCACCAGGAUGGAGUCCCUGAGGUGGAUUGA